GCGCAGUCACGAAGCGUGCUCGGCUCGCAUGACUUCGCGCUGCAUGACGCGCAGACAUCACAUGUGUUUCGUGUUGUCUCCUACUCUUUGCUCACGCUUGAUAAGCCAGGCUGCUUUCAUGUGUUCGGCAGCGAGUCGAUAACGUCAUAUCGUAGACGCCAGUCGGGUGCGGCGCGUCGAGAGAGACGAGAGUAUCGUAAAGAGAGACAUCAUACAAAACUACGAUCAUCGCGGUGCCGGUAUAACCGGGCAAAUGGAUUUGCUGAGAAGACAAGGCUCAAAUUACCAUUCUGGAAAGUGUGGUGUUUGCGUGAGCGUAAUUGUACUCGGAACCUUCAUCGGGUGUAUGUUAUUAGCGUAUACAACAUUUGCGAGUCCCACUUCUAAGUAUGAUACAUUGCAGCAGGUGGUGUUUCUGUUCCGUCAUGGUGACCGAACUCCUACAGAGACUUAUCCUAAGGACCCUUACAUAAAUUACUCUUGGCCCGGAGGCUGGGGCGCUAUGACCAAGAAAGGAAUGCUGCAGCUGUACAACGUGGGUCAAUGGAUUCGCAAAGAGUACGGCGAGGCGAUCGGUAAGAAAUACGAAAGUGCGAGCACGUUGGUACGUAGCACCUAUGCCGAUCGGUGCAUCAUGUCGGCACAAACGCUUCUCGCGGGAUUGUUCCCACCGAGUCCCGAGGACAUGUUCGUGUCCGGCUUGGAAUGGACACCUAUUCCAGUGCAUGCGAUACCACGAGAGAUGGACAAGCUGAUAGCGGUGAAAUCGUCAUGCCCGCGGUUGGCGGCUGCUCUGAAGCAGGCUUAUCUGGAGGAGGAAGAAAGAUCGGGCGAGAAGAUGGCUGAUUAUUACAAAGAACUGACCGAACAUACCGGAAAAAAUAUGAGCACUAUCACGGACGUCGAGUUUCUGUAUAAUACCCUCGAGAUCGAAGAAGAACAUGGGCUGAAACUUCCGACAUGGACGCGGAAAUUUUACAACGACGAAAUGCGCGAAAUAGCCGCUCGCAGUUUGGCGAUCUUCACCGACGGUGUCGUUCAGAAACGUCUUCGGGGAGGUCCGUUGGUGAAAGAGAUUCUACAACAUAUGGAGGAGAGGAACAAUGCUCAGCUGCGAUCGAAGCGUACUUACUUCUAUUCCGCUCACGACAUAACCAUCGUCAACGUGAUGAGAACAAUGGGAUUUACAAGUGAAUACCUCAAACCAGAAUACGGGGCGAUGCUGAUUCUCGAGUUGCAUCAUGCCGAUAAUGAGAAUCAAGAAGUGAAGAUUUUAUAUUUAAAAAGCGCGGAAAACAGAGAAACGUCACUCCUGCAAAUACCAAAUUGCCCGAGGCCAUGUUUAUUGCAGAAUCUGAAGCAAGCGUGGCGCGAAGUAAUACCAGAUAACUGGGAUGAGGAAUGCAAAAUGUGAUAAAACGUGAAGUUUCGUGUGUGACAAAAACGACAUGUUAAAAUUAUUACGAAUACAUUAUCUACGUAUGUGUCAAUAAUGUAUCGUAUAUAACGUAUAACGUAUGUCAACAACGACUGUCUUAUGUUAAUAAUGUAAAAUAUUAAUCAAUAGUAAAAAGUAUUACUAUUGAUAUAUUAACGUUUGCAUUGUACGUUAUUUAUGAUCAACGUCUUUUACACGUGCACGAAAAUGACUGUAAUACAUCGAAUAGAAUUUCUUUGGAUAAAAUAAUACAAAGCAUAAAAUAUUAAAUCAUAUUUUUACAUAUAUAACCGCAUCAAGCUGCGAUUAUCCGUUAGAAGCUACGAAAGAUUGAAAAGUGACAGGUACACGCGAAAAUGACGAGCCAUCGAAUAAUAAUCAUCGAAAUAUGAAUGAUAAGAUUUGAAUCUAGACCCAAAAUAACUAAGGUUCUCCGGUAAACCGUGGUGAUAGGUGCGAAAAUGACGAGUCAUGAAAUAUUAAUCAACGAAAUAUGAGUGAUAAGGUUUUAAUCUAGAUUCGAAAUAAUUAAAAUCCUUGCAAAUCGCAACGACAUGCGAUUUAAAAUUGAAAAACUUUGGUGAAAACUCGUUGGAAAGCAGAUAUUUUUGAGCAUGCGAAUCUCGUGUAAUCGUUUCUUCGGCCUUUGUUUCUUUUAUCCUAUCUUUUUAGGAUUGGAUAAAAUAAGUUAAUAAUAUAAGAUUAAGGAUUUAUAUGUCAUCAACUAAUAUUAAUGUAAAUAUCAAGAGUAAAAAGCAUAUUUACGUUAUAAUAUUAUUUUUUAAUUGCAUUUUUUGUAUCAUGUUACGGUUAUGUUAGCUUUAAUUUUAAAUUGACACAAAAUUAUUUUUAAUGAAAUGGCUGGAGCAACAAUGCGACACUGAGAUUACGAACUAUUUUAAAUUGCUAUAAUAAAACAAA